AUGAACGCCGCCGGCUCGGGCCUCCCGCGAGGCCGGGCCUGUCCCCGCCGCGCGCGGCCCCCGACGCCAAGUUCCCGGGCGCCGGCGGCGGUGCUGGCUCGCGGGGCGGCGGCGGCAGCCGGGCGGGCGCACAGAGGAGGCGCCGACUCCAAUGGCGGCAGCAGCGGCGGCGGCGGCGUCAGGGACGAGGCUGCGCGUCGUGGGCGCGCGAGGCAGGCCGGGAACGCCGCCCUGCCGGCACGCACGCGCCUGCGCCUGCCCGCCUUGCGGGACGGAUUUCUCUCCCGGGUCUCAGUCUCGCGCGACGGGGGCGGGGCUGCGACAGCAGCGGGAGCCCUGGGCAGGUCCAUCUUUACGGGCCUUGGGGUCAUCCCGGUGUCCGAAGGAGAAACGUCGCGUUUGGAGCGAGGGGGUGGGGACAGCUCAGGCCAGGACCUGCGCAGGCCUGGGCAGCAGGAUGUCCCUGGAGCAGAACCUGACCACUCCCCGCCACCGGGCCUUGCCUCAGCCCUGCCAGGGCCCCAUGACGCGGCAGAGCACAUGACCCGGCUGCCGCCCAGCCCCUUCCAGAACACAGACCCCCAGGGAGGCCAUGACCAUGUGGACGGGCAGAUCCUGGGCCAGCUGCGCACCCUGGCAGAGGAGGAAGAGGAGGAGGAGGGGGCUGGGGCCAGCUCGCCCCCGGGGGCUGCCUGCCCUGGCAUGGGCUCCGAGGAGCUGCGGCUGGCCUCCUUCUAUGACUGGCCCCUGACUGCGGGGGUGCGGCCUGAGCCGCUGGCUGCUGCCGGCUUCUUCCACACCGGUCAGCAGGACAAGGUGAGGUGCUUCUUCUGCUACGGGGGUCUGCAGAGCUGGGAGCAUGGAGACGACCCCUGGACUGAACAUGCCAAGUGGUUCCCCAGGUGCCAGUUCUUGCUUCGGUCGAAAGGAAGGGACUUCGUGCACAGCAUCCAGGAGUCUGGCUCCCAGCUACUCAGCCCCUGGGACCUGUGGGAAGAACCGGAAGAUGCAGCCCCCGCCAGCCCCUCUGGUCCUGUGCACGAGGCCCCUGAGCUCACACCCAGAACAGAGCCCCGGCUUGAAAGUGCCCGGGAACCAGGUGCAGGAGCUGGGGCCGUGGCCAUGGAGGAGCAACUGCGGCGGCUGCAGGAGGAGAGGACGUGCAAGGUGUGCCUGGACCAGGCCGUGUCUGUUGUCUUCGUGCCGUGUGGACACCUGGUCUGCACCCAGUGCGCCCCCAACCUGCACCUGUGCCCCAUCUGCCGGGCCCCUGUCCACAGCUGUGUGCGCACCUUCCUGUCUUAGGUGGGGGACGAAGCUGCAGCUCCCCAGGGACCUCAGACGCGUCACCGCCUUCUGUGCCGCUGUGGGCUGCUGACUGACACCUGCCCGCUCCAGCCUAUCCCAGGGUCUGCCCCGGACGGCCGAGCUGCUGUCCACCCAGCGCC